GGUUAUGAAAAUCUAACGGCUGUAAAGGGGUGGGACGGGGAUGAGACUGAAUAUUGGUGGAAACUGAAAACGGUCAUGGUUUAGGGCGUAAAAGAAGAAACGAAGCCGUAGAAGAGGGCUCCUUCUGGGUGGUGCAAGCUUCUCUUUAACUUCUUAAGAUGGAUCGGUACCAGAGAGUGGAGAAGCCGAGAGCGGAGAGGCCAAUUGACGAGAAUGUGAUUCGGAUUACAAGUCAGGGAAGGAUGCGUGGCCACAUCACUUAUGCCAUGAGUCUGCUGCAAGAGAAAGGUUCAAAUGAAAUUGUGUUCAAGGCAAUGGGAAGAGCUAUCAACAAGACUGUAACCGUAGUGGAGUUGAUAAAGAGAAGAAUCGUUGGACUUCAUCAGGUUACGUCUAUUGGAUCCACUGAUAUAACUGAUAUAUGGGAGCCCUUGGAGGAAGGCCUCCUGCCUUUGGAAACUACAAGACAUGUCUCAAUGAUUACAAUAAUCCUUUCAAAGAAACAACUGAAUACAUCUGCCAUUGGGUAUCAGCCUCCAUUAUCUGCCGAACUGGUGAAGGUGUCUGCAGAUUUUGAUUAUGGAGAGGGUUCUACAAAUGUUCGAGGUAGGGGUCGUGGGGCCAGAGGAGGGGGAAGGGGGGCUAGAGGGAAUGGUUUUGGAUCAGCAGAUUAUGAGGAUGGAGGUUGGGACCGCAAUCGUGGCUAUUCAAGGGGCCGCGGUCGAGGAAGAGGCCGUGGUUUUCAUGGCCAUGGAAGGUCGGGAGGAGGAUACAACACACCUCCAGUUGAUGCACAGCAAGAUGGAGGCUACUAUCAUGAAACCCCUGUUCAAGGCCGUGGUCGAGGUCGUGGUCGUGGAAGGGGCCGUGGCUUUAGGUCUAAUGGGCCAAUCCAGGCAACAGUAUGAGAUGUGUGCUGGGCUUCUCUCCCGUGAAAUUUGUGUGAGCUGUGUUUUGAUGCCUUCUCCAGUUAGUUCUAUGCUUUUGUUAGUUUUUCUUUUCUUUUCUUUCCUUUUUUUCCCCGUUUCUUUGUAUGUAUCUACUAGUAGUCAUUUUAACUUUAGGAUAUGUGAAUGCAUAACUUCUAUAGACUAAUGUUAUUAUUAGCUUCAAACCAUGGCCUUGCCAGGAAGUCCCUUUUUAAAUUGGUUGAUUGUAGGUGACAAACAGUUGUAACUUUUUUUGUGACCAGAGCAGCAAUUCUUUUAUUAAACAAGUUUAACUCUUUUUUU